UGGUAUCCUGAGAGUGGCCAGAACCGGUCCAGAGAAUUAGAUUCAGGGCCUUCUCAACAAACACAACAGCUUAUCAAAAAUCCAAUUUGUAUCAUCCAAGUUCAAAUUUUUUAUGCAUUUAUACAUUUAACUUGACCAUUAUGAUAGUGGACAUAUUAUGUAUUAUGAGCAUAAAACAUGGGUGCUGACACAGUGGAAAUUCUAGGUGUACAACAUUUAUUAGCAUUUGGUUUGUAUCUCAUUAAACCAGUGGUGUACAGUGCAACCUUAAUUUGUGAACAUAUUUCCUUAGUGCCCAUGCACAUAAGACAGAGAAAUAGAUAGUUAUUGGCUACUGCUAAUAUCGCUUAGCCACACAAUAAGCAAAUCGCACUGGUUUACCCACUUGGAACUAGGACACCCCCAACCAGUGGCGGCUGGUGAUGGUUUUCUUCAGCUGCACUUCAUGACGUCGCCCCCAUAUCUCUUGUAGUGAAGAGGAGCUACUGCGCAUGCGCAACUUGGAGUCUGGUAAAGAUUUCUGCGCCCCCCAGAGCGGAAAAUUUCACCAAUCAAACAACAUCCAUGAACGAACAAGUUUUACUCAUCAUUAACUAUGAAAUAUUGAUCUUGCACAUCUAAAGAAUAUAUACAUAUAAUUCUGAAAUAUUUUUAUUUUAUUAUUUCAUUUUUUAUUGUUUUUGUCUUUUCGUGUAAUGUGUUUCUCACAUAUAACACUGAUACCUAUGCCAGAUAAUAAUUGUAACCCCAGGCUGUUGUCUUGACGAUAAAAAUAAGCCUGGUCUGUUUAAAUUCUGAAUGUUUAUUUUAUACAAAAAAGAUGUUUAAAAUGUGGCAGUCAAAGGCACUGAUGCUUUAUGUUCCAAACAGAGUCAUAAAGUUAAAAAUCAAACAAUAUUUAAGAAAACUAAAUAAGUAAGUAACUAAAGAAAUAUAAAUUGCUGGGGAAAGGGAGGAAGGCUGAAAAUGUCACUUAAAAAAUCUUUCCGUAGUUCUGAACCCAUUUAGACUGGUCUUUGACUCACUUUUUGCUUCUCUCAGAGAAGUAGUCCUAUCUCUUGCAACUGCUUUACACAGACAUACAUAUGGAAAAAUAUGCAAAUUAGACAAACCCAGCAUUUAACGAUUUCUGGCGUGCUUUAGGCUAGCCAGUAGUUUUUUACUCUACCAAGGAUUUGACAACAGUGCUACCUUCCCAUAAUCCAGCGCGGCGUUGCAGAAGGAGCGGUCCGCUCGGCUGUCUCCUCCUGUCGACAGUCUCUGGCAGCCUGACUGUGGAAAGACGGCAAGAAGCGGCCGACCGGCGGGGAAGGCAGGCGGUGCAAAUGAAAGGAGAAGACAGGAGGGGGAAACGUUCAGACGGUGUCCCGUAUUUAGAAUAAGCAGGACCAGAAUACAGUUUGUCUUUUUUUCGUUUGACAUGAAACGACUUUCUUUGUAACCCUCGUCAAAAGAGCCGCAUUUUUACUGACAGGACUGGAAACUCCCGAACUAAGUGCAGACAAACUAAAGAGACAUUUGGUUUGAGGACAAAUAAUGGGAUUUUAAGAACAUAUCUGCCAGCAGUGAGUUUGAAAAACAAGGGAAACGCAUAGAGAAGAACUGUUGUAGAAAGACUGGAACUGUGAGUCUACUGUGGGUCCUCUCGUGGAAAAGCAGCGGGGGAAAGAUGACAUUUAGAGGCGAAGAAAAGUAGCGUCAGCGUCAGUUCCCUGGCUAGCUCCGGAGCUAAGCUAGCAGCGGGCUGCUCACUAAGCCUGUAUCGCCCUUUCAUUCCUGGAGCAGAGGAGGGGCGCUGGGGCUCUGUAGCACUGCGGACCUGCCGUUGCGUUUUAGGGCUCGCUGGAAUAAUGGAGAAACCCCAACAUCUGCCUCGGCACCAGCUCAAGGAAGACUGCUGAAACCGAAAAAGUCAGCAACUUGAUUAUUGUCUGUUUCCCAGAGGAGGAGAGCGGAGAGCUGCAGGAAUCCACCGGCCUGGGGCAGCCUGGGACUAGCCUACUUGUUUUCUUAUGCACCCAGAGGGGAGAUAGGGGUUAAAAAUGGGUGAAUCGUUCACAUCUCACCCACCGUAUGGAUACUGGAUCUGUACGGGGAGAUCAUGAAAUGGUCGGUUUUGUACGCAGAAAGAGCUCCAGUGUGCCCUCAACACAAAGUUUGAUUAUUUUCAAGACAUCCUCAAGGUGAGAGAACUUCUCUCCGGGCCUCUGUGCGCCAGCUAACCGGGCCAGAAGGUGUUUUUGUCUUUAUUUUCUUUAUUCCCCUUCUGAUUGCCUUCUGAAGCGAACAGGCCCGAAUAAACAUGUCGGGAGAGGUGCGUUUGAAGAAGCUGGAGAAACUGCUCCUGGAUGGCCCAGUUCAGUCUAAUGGCCAGUGUCUGAGUGUGGAAACGCUGCUGGAUAUACUGGUGUGCCUGUAUGAUGAGUGCAACAACUCCCCAAUCAGAAGGGAGAAGAACAUCCUGGAGUUUUUGGACUGGGCUAAACCUUUCACCUCCAAAGUGAAGCAAAUGCGUCUGCACAAGGAAGACUUUGAGAUCCUGAAGGUGAUUGGAAGAGGAGCAUUUGGAGAGGUUGCAGUGGUAAAAGUGAAAAACACAGAUAAGGUCUUCGCUAUGAAGAUUCUCAACAAGUGGGAAAUGCUCAAGCGAGCAGAGACGGCGUGUUUUCGAGAGGAGCGAGAUGUUUUGGUGAACGGAGACUGCCAGUGGAUCACCACCCUGCACUAUGCCUUCCAGGACGACAAUAAUCUGUACCUGGUCAUGGACUACUACGUGGGUGGUGACCUGCUGACUCUGCUGAGCAAGUUUGAGGACAGACUGCCUGAAGAAAUGGCCAAGUUCUACCUUGCUGAGAUGGUGCUGGCCAUCGACUCCGUUCAUCAGCUCCACUAUGUCCACAGGGACAUUAAGCCUGACAACAUUCUGCUGGAUAUGAACGGCCACAUCCGCCUGGCUGACUUUGGCUCCUGCCUCAAACUCAUGGAGGAUGGAACUGUCCAGUCCUCAGUGGCAGUGGGAACUCCAGAUUACAUUUCCCCAGAAAUCCUCCAGGCGAUGGAAGACGGGAAAGGCAAGUACGGACCUGAGUGCGACUGGUGGUCCCUGGGCGUCUGCAUGUAUGAAAUGUUGUAUGGGGAGACUCCUUUCUAUGCAGAAUCCCUGGUGGAAACCUACGGCAAAAUCAUGAACCACAAGGAGCGAUUCCAGUUCCCACAGCAGAUAACAGACGUGUCGGAGGAAGCCAAAGAUCUGAUACGCCGGCUCAUUUGCAGCAGAGAACACAGGCUGGGUCAAAACGGCAUCGAGGACUUCAAACAGCACCCGUUUUUCACUGGCAUUGACUGGGACAACAUUCGUACUUGUGAGGCCCCCUACAUCCCAGAAGUCAGCAGUCCUACUGAUACCUCUAACUUUGAUGUAGAUGAUGACUGUCUAAAGAACUCGGAGACCAUGCCUCCUCCUUCCCACACUGCCUUCUCUGGCCACCACCUGCCCUUUGUGGGUUUCACCUAUACAAGUAAAUGUUCCCUAUCAGACCGUGGUAACCUCCGCCAGCUGGCAGUGGAUCCGGGUAAAGCAGGGCAGGACCAGUUGGACCUGGAUGUCCAGCGCAGGCUAGAGGACAGCCUUGCCACCGAGGCGUACGAGAGGAGGAUACGUCGCCUGGAGCAGGAGAAACUAGAGCUGAGUCGCAAACUGCAAGAAUCAACCCAGGCUGUGCAGGCUCUGCAGCACCCAACAGGCGAGGGACCAGUCGGCCCCAACAAGGAAGUGGAGAUCAGGAGCCUCAAGAGCGAGAUUGAUAUUCUUAAGAAGCAGAUCGCUGACUCAGGCCAAAUGGAGAAGCAGCUGGAGGACGUGACAUCAGCACGCAGGGACUUGGAGGACUCGUCGAAACACAUCAAGACUCUGGAGAAAAAGAUGAAAAGCCUCACGCAGGAGAGAGAUGACUUACAGAAGGGCUUUCUGGAGGCCAGUGAGAAGCUGAAGUCUCAGUCUAAAGAUCUGAAGGAGGCCCUCAGCCAGAGAGAGCUGGCCAUGCAGGAGUUUUCUGAGCUCAAUGAAAAACUGACAGAGUUCAGGUCUGCAAAGCAGCGCCUCAUUCGCCAGCUGCGCGACAAGGAGGAGGAGAUGGAGAGCCAGAGUCAGAAGGUGGAGGCUCUCCGCCUUGAGGUGCGAAAGGCUGAGAGGGCCAAGAAGGAGAUGGAGGUCCAGGCCGAGGAGCAGGCUGCUGAGGUUCAGAAAGAGAAGAAGCUUAGAGAGCGCAAUGAGCAGUACAGUCGUCAGCUGGAGGAGGAACUGGAGGGGUUUAAGGUGAAGCAGGUCGGCUCUCCUGCCACCCUGGCUUCGGCCGAUCAGACCCAGGAGGUGGGGCGGCUGAGAGCAGAAAUGGAGAAGAAAACCCUGCUGUAUGAGGAGGAGCUGGCGCGCAGAGAGGCGCAUCAUAGCACCGAGCUAAAGGCCCUGCGCAAAGAGCUGAGAGACGCUGAAAGUCAGCAGCUCAACCUGCAGAAAGAGAUUCUGAUGCUGAAAGACAAACUAGACAAGAUUCGCCGGGAAAGCCAAAAUGAGCGUGAAGAGUUUGAGACGGAGUACAAGCAGAAAUAUGAGCGUGAAAGAGUCCUCCUCACUGAGGAGAAUAAGAAGCUGUCCAGUGAACUAAACAAGUUGACCGGUAUGUUUGAGAGGGUGAGCAGCUCCAACCAGCAGCUGGAGGAGGAGAUGAGGGAGCUGGCCGAUAAAAAGGAGAGCGUGGCCCACUGGGAGGCCCAGAUCACUGAAAUCAUCCAGUGGGUGAGUGAUGAGAAAGAUGCUCGAGGCUACCUGCAGGCUCUGGCCACUAAGAUGACUGAGGAGCUGGAGGGUCUGAGAAACACCAGCCUUGGAGCGAGAGCCACGGACAUGCCUUGGAAAAUGCGUCGCUUCGCCAAGCUGGACAUGUCAGCACGCCUCGAGCUGCAGUCAGCCCUGGACAUGGAGAUCAAAGCCAAGCAGAGUAUUCAGGACGAGCUGAACAAGGUCAAGGCUGACAGCAUUUCCACUGAAUGUAAACUUAAGGAGGUGGAGAGUAAAAACCAGGAGCUGCUGGCUGAUAUCGAGCUGUUGAAGAAGGAGACGGAGGAGCUGCGACUGCGAAGGGGUGUCAAGCACCAGGAUUCCCAGAAUUCCUUCUUUGCUUUUCUCAACGCCCCCACCUCCGCCCUCGACCAGUUUGAUCGGUCGCCGUCCGUCGGCCCAGCUAAAGGCAGACGUGUGGACUCCAUAGAUAACUUCACCCCCUCCAACACUCCAUCUCGGGAAGAUGACCCCAAGGCCCACCUCAAGUCCCAUUCCCGUUCACCUUCCAUGGCUAGUGACAUGGAGCCAAUAGAGCUGAUAGACCACCCGGGCCGCACUGUUCAGACCCCCACCAUGCGUUCAGGAGGGUACGGCAGCAUCGGACGCUCCUCGCCAAAGCCCAAAGCACAUCAGUUCGUUGUCAAGUCCUUCAACACGCCCACAAAAUGCAAUCAGUGCACGUCCCUCAUGGUGGGGCUCAUCCGUCAGGGCUGCACAUGUGAGGUUUGUAAUUUUUCCUGCCACGUAACGUGCGCGGACAAAGCUCCAGCUGUGUGUCCUGUGCCCCAGGAUCAGACCAAGGGGCCUCUGGGCAUCGAUCCUCAGAGGGGCAUUGGUACUGCGUAUGAGGGCCAUGUGAGGGUUCCCAAGCCUACAGGAGUGAAGAAAGGCUGGCAGAGAGCAAUGGCUGUGGUGUGUGACUUCAAACUGUUCCUGUAUGAACUGGGUGAAGGGAAAGCUACCCAACCAAGUGUGGUCGUCAGCCAAGUCUUAGAUAUGAGGGACGAGGAGUUUUCAGUCAGCUCUGUUUUGGAGUCAGAUGUUAUCCACGCCAGCCGCAAGGACAUACCCUGUAUAUUCAGAGUGACAGCAUCCCAGCUCUCCCCCUCCAGCAGCCACAAGGCCUCCAUCCUGAUCCUGGCCGACAGCGACCAGGAGAGGAAUAAGUGGGUGGGCUUGCUGAAUGAGCUGCACCGCAUCCUCAAGAAGAACAAGCUGAAGGAGCGCUUCGUCUACAUCCCCAAGGAGGCUUAUGACUGCACGCUACCCCUCAUCAAGACCACCCAGUCUGCUGCUAUCAUAGAUCACGAGCGUGUUGCCCUUGGCAACGAAGAAGGCCUUUUUGUCAUCCAUGUCACCAAAGAUGAAAUAAUCCGUGUCGGGGACAACAAGAAGGUCUACCAGAUCGACCUGAUCCCCCAGGAGCAGCUACUGGCCGUCAUCUCAGGCCGGAACCGUCACGUCCGUCUCAUCCCCACGCAGGCGCUGGACGGCCGUGAGACAGAGUCCAACAAGCUGGCUGAAACGAAAAACUGCCAGAGUGUUGUGUCGGGCCCGGUCCGGAGUGGCUCCCUUACUUGCCUCUGUGUGGCCAUGAAGAGUAAGGUCAUAUGUUAUGAGAUAAAUAAGGGGAAAUCACGGCACCGUGUGCUGCGAGAGCUGCAGGCCCCGGGGCCCGUCCAGUGGAUGGGUCUGCUCAGUGAGCGUCUUUAUGUGGGCUACCAGUCCGGCUUCAUACGCUACAGUGUCCACGGUGACGUGUCCCCGGUCAGCCUGCUGCACCAUGAGGACCACACCCUGGCCUUCAUCCCGCAGCAGGGCCUGAGUGCCCUGUGUGCCGUGGAGAUCUCCAACAAAGAGCUGCUGCUGUGCUUCAGCUCCAUCGGGGUUUAUGUGGACUCUCAGGGCCGCAGGUCACGUCAGCAGGAGCUCAUGUGGCCGGCUCAUCCCAUCGCUGCCUGCUACAACGCCCCCUACCUGUCGGUGUACAGUGAGAACGCUGUGGAUGUGUUUGAUGUAACUACCAUGGAGUGGAUCCAGACCAUUCCUCUGAAGAAGGUGCGACCUCUGAAUGUUGAUGGAUCUUUGAACCUUCUGGGCCUGGAAACCGUGCGACUUAUCUACUUUAGAAACAAGAUGGCUGAGGGUGAUGAGCUGGUUGUCCCGGAGACGUCAGACAACAGCAGGAAGCAGAUGGUGCGCAGCAUGAACAACAAGAGGCGCUUCUCUUUCCGGGUCCCAGAGGAGGAGCGCCUUCAGCAGAGGAGAGAGAUGCUGCGAGAUCCAGAGAUGAGGAACAAGUUGAUCUCUAACCCCACCAACUUCAACCAUGUUGCCCACAUGGGACCAGGAGAUGGUAUCCAGAUCCUAAAAGACCUCCCGAUGAACGUCCGUGUUCAGGAGACCCGAGCAGGAUUCAGCGGUUCGGUCAGCAUCCCCUCCAUCACAAAGAACCGGGCCGAGCCGGGCCGCUCCAUGAGCGCCAGCAGCGGACUGGGCAUACGCUCGUCGUCUCAGAACGGCAGCGCUCUGCGCAGGGAGCUGUCCGGAGGAAGCUACGGAUCCAAACGCCAGACCAUGACCUCCCCCUCAGAGAGCUCCCUGUCCUCUGGGGGAGGGAUGGACUGUGGUGACGCUCCACUCUCCCAGUUCGACAGAGAGUGGCAGGCAGUCUCGCCGUCGGAGAAGACCCCCGAUCUGAAAAGGGCUUUAAGGACCCUGCUUAGUAAGAUGAAGGACUCGGACUCCCCCCGUCACUCCACCGCCUCCAACAGCUCCACCUUCAGCAGCCCUCCCAGUCCGUCAUCUCCACACAAGACCAAGUCCCUGUCCCUGGAGAGCACAGACAGGACGGGCUGGGAUACUUGAGCCUUCCCCGCCUCCCCUCCCCCUCCCCGCGACGUUUUGCCCAUCCAGCACAGGACUCCUUAAUUCCCCCCUGCCCCCCCAUCCCUCCCCACUGCCCAGAGAACUGCACCUCCCAUCCGCCGCUCCCUCCUGACGAACAUAUGUCCCAGUCUGCGUCCCGAUGUUCCUUCCUGGCUGGGUGGAAAAACACGAGGACUCUGGGCCUCUUUGAGGGGAAAUCGUAAAUAAGCCGUGGUGUUCAUGUGGGCGCUGAUGCUCGAGGGUGCGAAUGUGUGUAUCGGAGAUCAGCUCGUGUGAUUAUCCAGAACAGGUGUGAGAAUGAUCCUGUAGACACUGCCCCCCCCCUCCCUUCUUAGAGAUUCACAUAGAGACGGAAAACCUUCCGAUGCAACAGAAAAAGAAGCCGAUUAUUCAUGAGAGAAAAUGAUUUGUACUUGUACAUAGGACCAGCUGGGUUUCAGGGGACAAUUUUAAUUUAUUUAUCAGUCUUAGACGGGGAAGGUUGGGUUUGCUUCGACGUGACAUGGAGCAAACAUUUCCCGCUUUUUCUUUGGUUGCUGCAAAAGAACAAAACUAUUCAGAUAAAAAAAAAGAUGAGAGAAAGAAAACGAAUGAGUUUAAUUUUCUCCUGAUACUAAGUGCAGUGACUUCAUAUUUUUUUUCUAAUUAUCAUUACUAGUUUGAACGUUAGCAAAAAAGCUCAAAGCAACGGCUCUCAUGACAUCACAGCUCCUACUGUGCUACUCUGUUCCUCGUCGGUUCAUCCAGCAGCCCGGAAGGCGCCUCCGUCGUAGCGUAGACGUCCCACUUCGCUGUACAACCAAACUGACCAACUCACUGACUCCCACCGCCAUGAUGUACAUAGGUUCAACGUAGAGAGUAAUAUAUGAUAAGGAAAAUACUAUAGAGAACUACACGGGAAAGAGCAAAGAAAUCCUGAUUUGGUUUUCUGUUUUUGUUUUGAGUGAUUUGAAUUUGUAUUCUCACAAAAAGCCAUUUUUAAUCCACUUUGUUGUUUUUUAAUCAGUUAGUUUUACGAGUUUGUUUUAUAUUCUGACACGUGUUUAUUUGUGUUUCCCCAAUGGUUUGUAUUGAGGGAAGCAGCUCUGACACUACUGCUCCAACUGUCUAGUGGAUAUGUGCAUUUUUCACCAACCUGCUCCCACUCAUGUAUGUCUACACACUCUCAAACACUGAGGUGGUGGUUUUAUGCAGCAGAUGCCUUGAUCCCGCACCUCCUCUGGUCGUUUGUGCCACCAGGAUGGAAGAGGUCGGUUCCCCUACAGACGGAUAAGCUCUAUUUAACCAAAAAUGGACAAAAGAGGGACACUGGGUGACAUGCUUUCUUUGUCACAGCCUUUGCUUGUUAAGAAUGUGUUAAAAUGUCCAUUAAAAGCUCUCGAUGGAAAAACAACACACUAAAAAUAAGAGAAUGUAAACACUUAAAACCUGCAAGAGGGUCAGAACUCGGGUUUCUGUUGAAAUAAAUGACCCAAGUAAAACGAGCAGCGCGGGAGCUCUAAACUUGCUCUCUGGUUGGAUUUUGUUUUCUUUUUGCAAUUAAUUUUUCCUGUGGCUGUUUAGCAGUUCUCCCCACUGCUUAUCUUUGCCAGUUUUCAACCACAUUUACAUGAGGAAGAACUUGUGGAGCUGAAUCUGAUAGAAACCAGUGUGGAUCAGGCAUGGGCCGCAGUGAGAAAAGCACGAUAUAGACACAAAAAGUCAAACACGAUUUGCCGUUUUUAAUUUAUUUCGACUGCUGAAACUAUUUUCUCUUGGAUAAAUAAAAUUGAGCAAAUAUAUAGAAUGAACAUCUCUGUUGGACACAAUAGUGUCCCUUUCUUUGAAGAGUAACACAAGAAGGGCAACCAGAUAUUACCUGGUUAGUCUGGCUAUCUGCACGGGGUGACAGUCUGUGUUUUUUGUUAUAAUAAAUAUUUCCAGAUCAUUUUGUGUUUCUUGCAAGCGGGCGUAAAGUGCAGUGACCCCUUUCAGCUAGCUGACCAGCAGUGUGUAGCAGCAGUGGGGCUGAUCUGUGUUGCUCUAUAUUCUAGCACUUUCAAUGGCUUCUCAUCAAAAUAAAUUGAACAAUAUGAUGGGAUUUUUUUUUUAGCAGUUUUUAAAACUUUGAUUUUUUUGUGAAUCUUGACAUCUGGGACCGGCCCAUGCCUAGUGUAGAUGUGACAAGGUUUCAUCUGCAGGUUCUGCUUGUUCGCGCUGACCUUACACUUUGAGAUGAUGCAAAGUCCAAGUCAAAGCCUGUCAGGAUCAGCUCCAUAUAAGGGAAAUAAACAUUAAGUACUUCAGUGGUCAUUCCUGCUGCUUCACCUUAAGAUGCAACUGAUGAGCUCCUUAUAUCCCAUUCCGAGUGUUAUGUUUAUUAUUUUUUUUUAUUGAUUUUAUUUUCUGUUAUUUGAAGCUCGAAGCUUGUUUAACUUUAGACACCCCGAACCUUUUAAGCUUGCAGCUCUCCUUUGUUCUCCCUGGAGCUCGUCUGUAGAUCGUGUCCGGUCAGAGGGAGAGGAAGCAGACCUUGUUGGGGUGUUUAAAUAUUGAUUAAAACGACUGACCCCAGAUGUUCUGGAGCGAAGAAGGAAAUCUCAGGAAAUGUCCGAAUCCAUGACUUCUUUGGUCUCCAAGGUCUGCCUGUGGGACAGACGGGUGGCGGGCGUGAGUAAAGGAGUCCAACUACUGGUGAAGGGUAGCAGGUGAUCCGAUGGCUGAGGCACCAGUUUUCUGUGGAGGAAAGUCUAAAAGAAAUCAAACGCCUUUACAUUUCAGUGAGGUCUUAUCUACAGUACCUUCUAUAUUAUUUUUGCUUUCAUAUAUUACACUAUUUUUUUUUCCUAGGAUUGCUUUGUAAUAAUUUGUACAGUUUUGCAUGUUCUAGAUGUAAUCAUUUUGUUUUUGGUUUGUUGUUUUACUUGCUCCUUUUUGGACGGUUUGGGCGUUUUACUGAGGAUAACCCACUACAGGUGAUGUAGAUUCCUUUUUGCACAAAAAUAUUUAAGGUGUAAGGUCAAAAAUAAUGUAUGGAACUGGCUGCCACACUGAUGUGGAGAACUCAUAUUAACCUGACUCCGAUGUAUUUCAAUAAAGCGGAGGGCUGUUACAAAUACA